AUGUCAGCGCCAACGGGUACUUUUUCUGCCGUCAAGGCUGGUGAGGCCAUCAUCAAGCUGCCUCAUCCAUACCAGACCGAGUAUGCCAUCGAAAAGGCCUCAGCCCCUUCCGGUGUCGAAACGCCUGUUUACAAGCUCGUUCACAAAGCUUCUGCGACCGCCAAACCCCUCCCCUUUGAGCUCCACAACUCUUCGCUCGUCUUCUCAGAUCCGGUUGACCUCAAGUCGAGCGAGCUUCCUUCUCAAUCCAACAACAGCCCUUGGGCUCGUGCUCGUCGCUCGCCCGGCGUCACCUUUUAUUGGGAUGGCGCUGAGGCCCCGACUUUGGGCCAGGCUUGGCUGGUCGUUUACACAAUCCUCACGCUGAGGCCAUCCGUGGAGUCUUUUCGCCUGGAGCUCCGAGGAGCAAACGCCGCCGUCCUGGGGCAGCAGCUUGUCGCGGUCCUGCUUGCCAUUGACCAUCCUCUCAAGGCCCGUGAGAAGCGCCAGCCUUCCAACAAGACCGACGAGAGCCUUGUGCUUGUCCUGCGAAGCACAUUCUGGCAGGGCGCUGGCUCACCAUUUGGCCCCCGACCGGUUUGGUGCCCUGCUGAGUCGCCGUCGUCUCUGCCCGCGUCGAACCCUCUGGGAUCAUAUCCUCUGACACCUUUCUACAACACCACAACCAUUGCCUCGGCCGGCGAUCCUGAGGAUCCUGAACGAUAUCAGCAGUCAUGGCACCCAAUUCGGCCAGCUAAGCCCGCGCCGGGCGCGGUCAUCUACAGCCGAUGGAUUCCCCAUCUUAACGAGACCUUUUCCAUGGUUUCGCUCGAUUACGAGGAUGCUGAGCAUCUGCGCCUUUUCCAUGAAUGGCAGAACGACCCCCGUGUCUCGCAGGGCUGGAACGAGACGGGUACUCUCGAGCAGCACCGCGAGUACCUGCGUAAUAUCCAUGAGGACCCCCACCAAGUUGCCAUUCUGGCUAAGUGGGAAGACACCUACUUUGCUUACUUUGAGGAGGAUCGCCUGGGUGGCUACUUCAACGCUGGCGACUUUGACCGCGGCCGCCACUCUCUGGUUGGCGAUGUACGCUUCCGUGGCCCGCAUCGCGUGUCAGCGUGGUGGAGCAGCUUGAUGCAUUACCUGUACCUUGAUGAUCCGCGCACCAUGUACGUCGUGGGUGAACCCAAGGAGACAAACACGACCGUUGUCAUGUACGACUUUAUUCACGGGUUCGGGUUGGACAAGUUUGUCGACCUGCCACACAAGCGCAGCGCUUUUGUGCGAUGCUCUCGUGAGCGCUUCUUUCAGCUGUGCCCGCUGGCAGAGAAUGAGAAGGUCGUUGGUGGCAUGAGGUUGGGUCUGGUGCCCAAGCUGUAA